CACGUGUUCAUGUCAGUAUGUACAUGUAUGUAUCACGCAACUGCUUCUGCGAGGGUCGUUCUGUUCGAACCGCUGCCUUCUUUUAAAAGUAACAUGUCCUUUUUCAUCAGAGGUGCUGCAUCGAAGAGAAAGAAACCUUUUGCCAAAAAGGAUUCUUCGGUCAAGCCCAAAAGAGAUGCGAGUAUUGCAGGGAACAACAAACUCCGGAAGAAGAGGUCCAAACUGAGUGAAGUUAUCAUUAGCGAUUCCUCUGAAGAUGAAGUUGAAUUCCCAGCCAGCAAGAGGAAGCUGGAGUCCUCAUCUUCCGACUCCGAGGAGGAGGAAACGGCCCAAGAAAAGCGGCUGCGACUGACCAAGCAGUACUUGGCACAGCUGGAAGAAGAUGAAAAAGACAACGAAGAAACCAAGGAAAUUGACAGGGAUGCCAUCUCACACAGGCUUCGAGAGGAGGUGCUUGAACAGAGUGGCAAAUUGCAGAGGAAGGUGGCCCAAGAUUAUGACUUCCAAGCUGUCCCAGAGGUGACGGUGUUAAGAGGUCACAAGCUAUCGAUCACCUGUCUGGUCAUUUCGCCCGACAACAAGCAUGCGUACAGCGGAGCAAAGGACUGCUCUAUCAUCAAAUGGAAUCUGGAGUCAUGUUGCAAAGAGUAUGUCAUACCGGGCGGUAAAAAGGGGACCGAGGACACGCACAGAGGUCACACAACCCACGUCCUAGCCCUCGCCAUCUCUAGCGACAACAGUUUCUUAGCAUCGGGCUGCCGGAGUAAGGUCAUCCACAUCUGGAACCCGGGGAGCGGGAAGCUCUUACACACGUUCAGGGGCCACCGGGACGCCGUGUCGGGUUUAUCAUUUCGAAAAGGAACUCACACGUUGUACAGCGCUUCACACGACCGCUCUGUCAAAGUGUGGAACCUAGACGAAAUGGCCUAUGUAGAAACACUGUUUGGGCAUCAAGACAGCAUCAUGGCCAUUGAUAGCCUCUCCAGAGAGAGAGCCGUCACAGCUGGAGGCAGAGACAACUCGUUACGUGUCUGGAAGAUUAUUGAGGAAUCCCAGCUCAUCUACAAUAGUCCAGGGGGCUCUGUAGACUGUGUGAAAUUGAUCAACGAGGAGCAUUUUAUCAGCGGAAGUGAUGACGGAUCAAUUGCCUUGUGGAGUGUGCUGAAGAAGAAACCAGUUGCCGUGGUAAAGAAUGCUCACUCCAAACGUUUUGACACCAUCACCAACGGUCAGUCCGCGACCCAAGGUGCUGCGAUCGCACAUGAAGAGAACUGGAUUUCAGCAGUGGCUGCACUGCAGAGCACCGAUCUACUCGCCUCAGCAGGUUCCAAAGAUUCCAAGGUUCGCCUUUGGCAGUGUUCAGAGGGCUACCGCUCGUUACAGCCCCUUGCCAGCAUAGACGUUGUGGGCUUUGUCAAUGCCCUGCAGUUCACCAGCGACGGCCGCCUGCUUGUGGCAGGAGUUGGUCAGGAGCAUCGGCUAGGAAGAUGGUGGUGUCUCAAGGAAGCCAAGAACAGCAUCGUCAUUGUCAGACUGAGGAGGAAAACUGAUGAUGGAAAGUCAGAGGAAGACUGAAUGGCCCGGAAUCUGAGCGAGCCCGCCCUCCACACCCCAACAUUUUAUGUUGCAGACAAUGAAACUUGCUGCCAUAAAAAACAAACAAACAAAACAAACCAAACAAACACCCCAACAACCCAACAAACAAACAAGGGACUUGUUAGGAAAAAAACAAGUGUUCGGAGUUGUCACCUGGUUCAGGGCCCAAUUCUAUUGUCACUGCUGAAACUGUGUUUAGUUUGAGGCAAGUUCACAAUUUCACUUUAUGUCUUACACGCGAUGGACGUUUCACCCUCCCAAACUAUCAGGCAGAGUACCCUGAAGAGGGUUUACAUGACAGCAAUGCACGCCUCAUUUUGAAUACCUCUCAAGUCAAACAUCCCUGACUCUGCAUUAGUUUGCAACUGUAUUUUUAAUAGGUCAACCAAGUAAACUAUUGUAAGUCAAUCAUGCAACCUAAUUAAAUUGAUUGAUUUUCUGUUGGUAGAAAUUUGUCAAUUUGUUACCUUUUGAGUGUUUCGGUGAAAUUAGUUGUAAAUGUGUACAUAUGCAAACAUUCAGAUUUAAUUUUUUUUUACAGAGAUUGAUUUUUCUGUCCACUGUCUCCGCUGCAUACGUUACUAGAAUAUGCACAAAAAGGAAAAUACAAUCUGAGAGAACUAUAACUGACUUGUUAAAAAUAAUUUGUGAUCAUCACAACGUACAUGGUCCAGACAGUACUUUGAAAGAGAGAGGAGACAAUAAGAAGCCAGCGGGAGAUUA